AUGUGCACUUUUCAACUGGUUUUCAUUAUUGAACUGAUUUAUGUAUGCGCAUGGGCCAUGGUUGACGGACUGGUUUUGAUGACUGCAUGGUUCUUGGUUAAUCGAUGGGAUGAUUUUCCUUAUGCUUUUGAUAACAUGAUGCAGGGUAGUUUGUGUCCUAAAAUUAGAACUGUUUAUCGAGUUUGUGCAGAUUUACAAAGUGUUGGCAAGGAUUUUGGAACUAUUUUGAUUGUGAACUGGUUUUUUCCAUUUUCUGCGGAACAUAUUUUCUAUUUUGAAACAAGUACGUGGUUGCAAUUGAUGUUUUGUUCGAACGUGUUUUGUACUAAUAUAACAUUUUUUUAA